AUUAAGCCGCGGAAAGACGAUAAGACGAUAAGGCUCGGCCCAAAUGCAAAAACCGGGCGAUGAGAUGGCCGAGAGUUCAGGAUGGACUGGGAAAAAGGGACCAAGAACGGUUCUUCAGACAGAGUAAGGUAUGGUUUACGGUGUACAAGGCGGCAUGGCGGGGCACGGCUAAAGGAUUAUUCGGGGAUGCAUUAGUAUGAAGAGACGAUUUAACCGUGCCGAUGAAUCAUCGCCCUUUUGGCGACGCCCUUCCUUCAACACGUUCAGACAUAUCUAUAUAAACGCUUCUCCUAGUCAUCGAAGGAGCAAAAGACUAACUUAUAUUUGUUAAUUUCUGUCGUUCACUACCCCAGUAUAUAGAACCUGUCAGAGUCAUAUCAAAAUGGGCAAGACACUUGUGUAUCCCAAGGGGAUUAGCAACACGGCUAACCGUUACGCUAAGCGAGGUAAACUCUCAUCUGACAGUUGGAUAAAAAAUGACACGCUGAUGUCUGUGUACAGUGACCUACGAUCUCGGGCCUAUUCAUUCCAUCAUCAAUGCGGCAACUCACCUUGAUGUCGCUUUCGUGCCUGGCGGCGACGAUCCCUUUCCUACAAUCAUCCCUAUGAUCGGACAAAUGGGAUCCUACGAGUUCCCUUCCAAUGGUAUCGACGAGCCUCUGGACUGUUAUAUACACGGAUAUGUCAGUGCACGCAUGAUGAACAUGGCACGGGCGGCAGGGGAUAAAGGCCUCCCUCUCUGCAUCUCAGCGACUCACGUAGAUGGUCUUGUUCUAUCCCUCUCUCCUUUCUCGCACAGCUACAAUUACCGCUCUGUAGUUCUGCAUGGUUAUGGUGUGCCGGUCACGGAUGAGGAUGAGAAGAACUAUGCCAUGAAGCUGAUCACUGACGGCGUCGUGGCUAAACGAUGGGACAAUUCACGGACUCCCCCAACGGCAGGCGAGUUCCAGAGCACGACUAUCUUGCGUGUAAAGAUUGUUGCUGGCAGCGGCAAGGUGCGUGAUGGUGAAGUGUCAGAUGAGAAGCAGGAUAUCGAUAGCAUGGAGGUGAAAGAGAAGGUUUGGUCUGGUAUCGUGCCUGUCUGGCAGACCUUUGGCGAGCCUGUCCCUAGCUCGACGAAUAUGAUGAAAGAGGUGCCAGCGUAUCUAAAAGAAUACGUUUCCAAGGUAACAGAGGAGAACAAGAAGCACGCAUAUGCUGCAAUGAAGCUUCCUGCUCCUUAAACCACGAACAUGUUUUACUCGAAUUUUGACAUUUAAUGGACAUCCUCGGUAGCUGCAACUAUUUUUCAUCACUUAUCAGCUGAAAGCCACUUUUAAGAGCUGGCAUAAUGAUGCAUCAGACCAAUAGUAACACUUGUUUUAAAAGUUGGGUUAGCGGUGGCAAUAACUCAUGGAUAUACGUGGAGUUAACAGUCCCAAAUGGUAACAGUCCCUCCCAGACCGUUACCAUUUUUUCUGUUUAGAAAUGCCACACAUAAUAUUAUUUCCACCACAACCAACAUUAUAAAAUAAUCCGUAAAAGUCUCGGGUUAAUCCGUUUAAAAGGCCAUAUAUAGAGGUAGAGGUGGUUCUUACUAGCUAAAUGAGCCUUUUUGUCGCAAAUUCGCUAGAUAUCUACUGUAUCGGGCCCGUAUAACUUGAACCUGGCAGUGGAAGUAGCAGUACACGCGCUGUCGUCGGUUGGACCGUUACCACGCCACGCCUGACGAUCCGUACCGUUACUUCCACUCACCGCCCGCCAAC